UAAAUAUUUUUUGUGAGAUUGUGAGUUGGCAUAGAUUAGAGUAGAUCAUACAUUUAAUAAUUUACAUUUGCGUGUCUUUUAUUAUUUCCGCCAGUGUUUUAAAACUUUAAUAUAUUUAGAUUUAUUAUUUGGCAUGCUCUAACCUUGAAUUUCCCAUGUUUGGUAUUUCAAUGUGUUUGAAUAAGAAUUUGUUAUGCUUCAAGCAUUGCUGCUCUAAAUCCAUAUUUUGUCAAGAAGUUCCAGAAAAGUGUCCUAUUUGUGAUCAGUGCUUGACAACAUUUUUGUUGGAACCGUUUGUUGUCCCUAAUCCCUUAGUUAAUGCCAAAGAUUAUCCAUGCUGUGUUGUUGUAAGACCAUCUGAUGGUGAUUUCCUUGAUUAUAAUGUCUCGGAUGAUUUGCAUAUUGGAGUCACAGAUUCAGAUGGUAAUGUGAUUGAGUUUGAUGGAUGUGGUUUAGUUAAAAACGACAAUACUACAUGGAAAAAGUGUGCAGCAAUUCCAAUCAUACCUACUUCUUGGGAAACAUUUUGGGAUGAUGUAUUAAAUGAUAUGUGCAAUGAUUCAACAUGGAAUGCUAGUAGUUACAAUUUUUUUGAGUUUAACUGUUUCAAUUUCGUCAUAGCCUUUUUGAAUAAUCUAAAGUACAACAACAUUCAGUUUAUGAAUAAAGAAGAUAUGUGUAAAAUUUGUAUACUCCCUAAAAUUCAGAGCAUCAUUAAAUACUCAUCAAUUCAUAAACAGUUGAUAGACAAUAAUAUUUACAUUCAAAAGUAAUUGUUCUACAUUCCUUGUAGAUUCAAGUUAUGAAAAAUGUUGUUGUCACGUUUGAAAAUCCCAAUACCUUGUUCUCAUUGCUCA